GACGAAAACGUUGUAAUCGAUUUGCUAAACGGUGAAACUCGUUUGAUCGAUUUUGGUGCAGCCACUCCACUCAAAAAGACCCACUACACCGAUUUUCAAGGCACCAGAUUGUACUGUCCUCCCGAAUGGUUUCUGCAUGCAUUGUAUCUCGGCGAAGAGGCAGCAGUGUGGUCAUUGGGAGUACUGCUAUACAAUAUGUUGAAUGGACGACUGCCGUUCCGCAAUGAGAAAGAUAUUUGCACAUCGCAUCUGCUCGGUCCUUUGCCGUUUCACGGGUCGUUGAGUGAUGAGUCAAAAGACCUGAUGGAACGCUGUCUUUGCUUCGAUCCGUUCACAAGAUGUUCGUUGGCUGAUAUAAUGUCACAUCGUUGGACACGCACGAAUAUCACCGCUGAUUGGUUCACGCUGACCGCUAUUUCAGCUAACAACAGCAAAAAACAUGCUCAACUAAAGAGCAACCCUCCGAAUAAUUGCACUUUUAGACGAACUCAGCAACAUAGGUUUUACAUNAUGCAAGGAUGGAUGAAUGAGAUUAUUCAUAAAAGAGAUUUCAGUGAAUCGGACUCGAACGAUGGAAGCGACACUGCGGACUCAGCGAACUGCUCGCAUACGUCGUCGAUGUGCAGUGCGUUGAGUGUGCAUUAUGAUAGUAGUGAUAACAACAACAUUGACGCCGAGUCAAGACGCAUCACCGUAGGCAAGAAACACAUUCUGGAGCACGUGAAUCGUCAAGCGAAAACGUCGAUUCUUGAAGCACCAACACCCAAGCAACUGGCUGUCGCCGUUAUCAAAGGGACUCAACCCAGAAAGUCGACGCAUCAUCAUUUGUCGAAAACGAACUCAUUCAAUAGAACUUCGAUGAUGGGUGGUGGUUCAUCGUCGAAUGUUGAGACAAAGAAACGCGAUGACAACAAAAAGAAGAGUUUGAUUGAUUCGGGUAGAAGUUCAGCGAUAUCCUCAUUUGGUAUCACUGUGAAUGGUGCCACGAAUGUUUAG